UUGAUUAUAUUUUACUAUUAUUGUUAAAUUUGUGGAGUAUCAAUUAUCUAGCCUCACACAUUCUAAAAAAGUCUAUGUUCCCUUAACAUGUUCCCACGUUACUCUUUCGCGCCAUGUCUACUGCAUCUAACUACUACUGUUCGUUACUCAAACUCUGCUGCGAAACCCACAACCAAAUCCAAGCAAAGAAGCUUCAUUGCCUUAUACUCAAAACCGUCUCCCACCCAGAGACUUUCCUCUUGAACAAUCUCACCAACGCAUACAGUAAACUAGGCAAUUUAACGUAUGCACGUCAUGUGUUCGAUAAAAUACCUCAACCAACCCUCUACUCAUGGAACACCAUCCUCUCUGCUUACUCCAAGUCCGGACAUCUUUUCGAAAUGCAGGAGAUCUUUAAUCGAAUGCCGCAGCGUGAUGGAGUUUCCUGGAACUCGGUUAUUUCGGGUUUGGCACGGUUCAGGUCGUUUGAUGAGUCGUUCAAGGUUUUUAGAUGGAUGUUUAGGGAUGGACGAAUGAAUUUGAGUCGGGUUAUAUUCACGACAAUGCUUAUACUGUCUUCGAAUGAGGCUUGUAUCAAUUUUGGUAGGCAAGUUCAUGGGCAGAUAGUUAAAUUCGGUUUUUUGUCGAGUGUGUUUGUGGGUAGUCCUUUGAUUGAUAUGUAUUCAAAAGCGGGGUUAAUUUGUAGUGCGAAGAGGGUUUUUGAUGAAUUGGUUGAGAGGAAUCUGGUUAUUGAUAAUACCAUGAUCAUGGGUCUUUUGAGGUGUGGAAUGGUUGAAGAAUCAAAGCAGUUAUUUGGUUGUAUGCCUGAAAGAGAUUCGAUUUCUUGGACAACAAUGAUUACGGGACUUAGCCAGAACGGAGUGGAGAGAGAAGCUGUUGACAUGUUCAGGAAAAUGAGAUCCGAAGGCUUGGCUAUUGAUCAGUUUACUUUUGGAAGCAUUUUGACAGCUUGUGGGAUUCUUCUAGCCUUAAAAGAAGGCAAACAGAUCCAUGCUUAUGUGAUUAGGACCAAUUUUAUGAACAACAUUUUUGUUGGUAGUGCCCUUGUUGACUUGUAUUCCAAGUGUAGAAGCAUAAAAUAUGCAGAAGCCGUUUUUAAGAGAAUGACCUGCAAAAAUGUUGUAUCUUGGACUGCAAUGGUGGUUGGCUAUGGUCAAAAUGGCUAUUGUGAAGAAGCCAUUCAGAUCUUUCGCGAAAUGCAGAGAAAUGGGAUUGAGCCGGAUGAAUUUACUCUGGGAAGUGUAGUUAGCUCAUGUGCAAAUCUUGCAAGCGUAGAAGAGGGUACCCAAUUCCAUGGUCGAGCACUGGUGUCCGGCUUGAUUCUCUUUGUUACAGUUUCAAAUGCACUUCUCACACUUUAUGGUAAAUGUGGAAGCAUAAAAGAGUCCCAUUCUUUGUUCCAUGAGAUGCAUUGUAGGGAUGAAGUCACUUGGACUGCACUUGUUUCCGGUUAUGCCCAGUUUGGAAAAGCCCAUGAAACACUUGACUUAUUUGAAAAAAUGCUGGCCCAUGGUCUUCAACCUGAUCAGGUCACUUUUUUGGGGGUUCUUUCAGCUUGCAGCAGGGCAGGCCUAGUUAAGAAAGGACUUAAGUAUUUUGAUUUAAUGGUAGAAGAACAUGGCAUUAGGCCAAUUCAAGGUCACUACACUUGUAUGAUUGAUCUUUUUGGGCGGUCCGGGAGGUUAGAAGAGGCUAAAAGUUUUGUAUUGAACAUGCCUUUUAGUCCUGAUGCGAUUGGUUGGGGUACCUUAUUGAGUUCAUGUAGAGUUCAUGGUGACAUGGAAAUUGGGAAAUGGGCAGCAGAGUCUCUACUGGAACUAGAACCCCACAACCCUGCAAGCUAUGUCUUGCUUUCCAGUAUGUAUGCUUCUAAAGGGAAAUGGGAUGAAGUGGCCAAGUUAAGGAGAGGGAUGAGAAAUUUGGGCAUAAAAAAAGAACCUGGAUGUAGUUGGAUUAGAUAUAAGAGUAGAGUACAUGUUUUUUCUGCCAAUGACAGAUCAAGUCCGUAUUCGAGUCAGAUAUAUGCUGAGCUGGCAAAUCUGUAUUGCAAAAUGAUAGAGGAGGGUUAUGUGCCUGACAUGAGUUCUGUUUUGCAUGAUGUUGAACAGUCUGAGAAGAUAAAGAUGCUUAAGCAUCACAGUGAGAAGCUUGCUAUUGCCUUUGGCUUGAUAUUUAUUCCUCUUGGCCUACCCAUAAGAGUGGUAAAAAACCUCAGAGUAUGUGGGGAUUGCCACAAUGCAACUAAAUACAUUUCAAAGAUUACGCGGAGAGAGAUUCUUGUCAGAGAUGCUGUUCGGUACCAUUUGUUCAAAGAUGGAACAUGUUCAUGUGGUGAUUUCUGGUGAUGGCUUUACGUGGUUUCCAAAGCUGCUGACAGACAACCCUUGAAAAAACUUUUGAAUCAGGUAAGAGUAAAAAUGUCGGGAUAUCCUCUUUAUCAUUCAAUGGACCGGGCGUUGUCAAUUGAAAAAUGGGUUUUAGAUGAAGUUGCAGCUCGAGGGUCUAAUAUUUUUGCAAAACUUUUAAGGAGCCAUUCCAAAAGAUUAAAGGCCAUUACUGCAGACGACUUUUUCUGUCCAAACAUGACCUGCGUGUUGAAGGAGCACCUAUGGGCAAUUGAUCCCAUGAGAAAGAAUUUCAUUAUGUUAAUCAGCUAACCAGAUUGGGGGCUUGGAUACUAUGAAUAUGCAUUAUUCUAUGCUCAGGGUUAGAUAGAUUACUUUUGGAUAUGGACUGCAGGGACAAGGUUUUUGUUGAGAAGAGCCAAGUUGAGUGUAAGGCUUUUGUGAGGGAGAUUUGCAAGGAAAUUUGUUGAAACUGCUUGCUUCUCUGUUAUUCGGGUUGUUUCAGUUGGACUUUGGAUUAGGCUCUCAGGUUGGCCUCUGGUUUUGCAUAAUCUCUCUACUAAGGUAUGACCUAUGUACGGUGAGAGUUUUAUGAGCAGUUUAA